AUGUCAAGCUCAAUUCGCACAGCUAAGGAUGCCAGCACUGAGCGAAGAUGGCGUUACUGCGAUUUUCUCAAAGAAGCGGGCAUGAAGCUAAAAGUGCCCCAGCUCACUAUUGCGACCGCGGCAGUGUUCUGUCAUCGUUUUUUUGAGCUCGAUAGUCAAAAUGCACAACAGUUUGAGACGGCGGUCAUGGCCACUGCGUGUCUUUUUCUUGCCGGAAAGGUGGAAGAAACCCCGAAACCUCUCAAUGACCUUGCUCGUACGUCCCACUUAUUACAGCGUAAAGCAAGCGACCCCACGCGUCUAGAAAGUUCGCAGCAGGAACUUCAUGUUGAGCUGAAGGAGACAAUUCUCAGAGCUGAACGUGUACUUCUGCAUCGCCUUGGCUUUGAUUUCAAUGUAGAACAUCCGUAUAAGCAUUUACUUUCAGUAAUUAAAAGGAUGAGUCAGGCUGGUUUAAUAGAGGAAGAGUCAACAAAAACGCUUGCGCAAGUUUCUUGGAAUUUCGCUAACGAUAGUCUACGAACAUCACUAUGCCUUGAGUAUAGUGCAAACCAUAUAGCUGAAGCAGUCGUCUACUUAGCUACCAAAUUUCUGAGCUCCAAGUUCGAACUGCCGAAGAAAUGGUGGGAAGCCGUGAAUGUUGACCCAGAAAUCUCUGAGCUUAUAGGAAAUCGGAUACUCGAUCUGUAUGAGCAAACUGGGCCUGUGGAACUUGGGUACUCAGAUAUAAGUACAUAG